CAACGGGGAACAGAAGCGGAUAGAGUUCACAACGCUCGCAACGGGGACGAGAAGCAGAUAGAACGCCCACGCUCGCGCCAACGUCCCGAGGGAACCAUCGUCAAGCAACGCGCGUCGCGCCCGUUGAGGUCGGGGUCGGGGUCGGGGUCGGGCGCAAUCGAAUUGGGACGGGCGCGAGGGAAAUCGAAGUGGCGCCGAGUGGACGAAGCGAGAGAGGAUGGCACUGGCCCUGGGGAGCCCGGGGGUGGCGAUCCUGGAGGCCAAAGGUCAGGGCUUUAGAAGGGUUUUAGCCGCAGGCUGGCACGGCAAUGGCGUCUCCGGAGUCUCAAUGUGCGGCGAAAAGCAGCGAGCUGCUGGCUCUUCCAUUAUUGCUUCGGCCUCCCGAAACCACUUCAGGCCGAACGCUGGAGCCAGAGCUGCGUCCGGAGCUGGUAUCGUUAAAAACAAAGCCGCUUCCCCGGCACCAGAGAAGAAGGAACGAUCAUCCGGUCUCUCUGAUGGCGAAGAGACCGACGGGGCGUCAGACGUCGAGGACGGCGAGGAAGACUACGACUGGCCGCCUCUCGUCUGCUGCUUCGGAGAAGCUCUGCACGAGUUUCUGCCUUCGGUGAGAGUGAGUGAACGGAAAAUGGACCCUGAAAUCUAUUCCACCUGGAAGGGCCUGCAGUGGAGUCCUCCGGAAUUUGCCAGAUUGCCUGGGAGCGUUCCCUCGAAUGUAGCGGUCGCUCUGGCAAGAUUAGGUGCGCGGGUCGCAUUCAUGGGGAAGGUGGGUGACGACGAACAUGGCCAUGAUAUCGUGUUGAAGCUCAACACGGAUGGCGUCCAGACACGAGGGGUGAAGUUUGAUAAGAACGCCUCCACUGGAGUUUCGAGAUUGCAGCUGACCACUGAGUCAGGAAAAGUGCGGAUGACUUGCGUGAAGCCAAGCGCAGAGGAUUCCUUCACCAAGAAUGAUAUCAACAAGGACAUUCUCAAAGAGGCCAAAUUCUUCCAAUUCACAUCGAUCAGCCUCACGGCCGAGCCACUUCGCUCCAGCCUUCUCUCUGCAAUUAGACUAGCACAGAGGAAUGGAGCGGAGAUCUAUUUUGACGUCAAUUUACCUCUACCGUUCUGGGAUUCUGUAGACCUUACAAGAGAGUCGAUCAAAGGCCCAUGGAAGGAGGCCACCAUUGUCGAGGUGACCAAGCACGAAAUAGAAUUUAUCUUAGGUGAAGAGGAGUAUGAGUUGAGGAGGCAGAGAGGGCCCACUUACGCUUCGAACUCAGUCGCAGAGACGAAGAACAGGCGGUAUCACUAUCACUACGAUCCCGAAGAGCUGGCUCCUUUGUGGCAUAACAAGCUAAAAAUGUUAAUUGUCACAGACGGCACCCACAGGAUACACUACUACACUCCUCACUUCCACGGCGAAGUGGCGGGAACAGAGGAUGUGCUUGUGGCCCCAUUUUCGUGUGAUAGAACUGGAUCCGGCGACGCUGUUACCGCAGCCAUCAUUAGGAAGCUUAGCACACAGCCGGAACUCUUCACGGACGAAGUCAAGUUGCAAAAAGCCCUUCGGUUUGCCGUUUGUGCAGGUAUCAUAGCCCAGUGGACUAUCGGUGCCAUUAGAGGAAUGCCAACAGAAAGUGCAGCCCAAAAUCUGACGGAGCAAGUGUACCCUGCCUCGAUGAUAUUUUAGUCGAACAAAGAUGGAUUAGUGUCUUCGUGGAGCAAUCACCCGCUGUAGCUACCAUUCUUUUCCCCCCAUUACCUAUCAACUGGCUAGGGGACUUAGACAAAAUCCAUAUGAAUAGCAACCAUACCUAGAAGUUUUGAUCCCCUCUUAAUGUAUCACUCUGUCUCUCACGAGACCCGUCACUCAGUGAUAUGCUUCCUACUUGUCUCUCUCUUUGCAUGGUU